GCUGCUAGGCAAUUCUGCUGGCUCGUCCCGAUUGCUCCUGAUGCUGGAAGAGGCCUCCAAUCACUUGCCGGUGCCUUCGACAGAUGAUGAGGAGCUGAUGGAGUCGCGCCAGAGGGCUCCCAGGGGUGUCUUCGCAGUGGGCGCUGCGAGCCUCCUUCUGAUGGCGUGUCUCCUCGCGCCAAAGAGCGCCCUGACGCUUUUCGGGUUCAACUCCGGGCUGAUCUCUGUUGAGGAUGUUCGGCUACCGACCCUGCCGACCCUGCCUGCGAGCCCCGCGGACGAGCUGCAGGAUACGGUCGCCAGCUUGAAGCAGAGGUAUGGCUUCGAUGGCCAGCGCCGGGAUGAGAUCGCGCUCUGCAUCAUCAACCUGAACCUGGGCUUCUGGAAGCUGGUGCAGUGGUCCACCAUCCUCACAGAAGCGACCAACAACUGUCCGGCAGGCUUCCAUGAUCCCGACAAGAAGCUGGCUUGCCAAAUCAACAUGGCAGCCGUUUUUGCGCCGCUCUCUGCGAGCAUUGGCCUGUUCUCCAGCACGGCUUUCCUCUGCCCAGGGAAGAUGAACCCGGAUGCCGCCUGUGCUUCGACUUUUGGUGCAACCUUCGAGGCCGCUGCGAAAUUCGCAGCCUCACCUGCUCAGAUCUCGCUUUUCUGCCCCAAGGCCGUGGCUCAACGAGACUUCGCGGAGGGUGGGCAGACCGUGUUUCAGAACGAGCGGCGCCUGGGUAACAGUUCCCAUGGUCAGCCGACGGAGGCCGAGGCUCGGAAGCUCUACGUGGUGAUUCGGAAUGCGACGGAGCCAGAUUCAACGAAGCUGAAGAACACUUUCUGCACAUGGCAGAUUGCCCAGAGCAUUCUCUUUGCGAUGCGGGCCGGCCCCCUCAUCGAGAUCUCCACGAGGCUUUGCCCGCCUCCGAGGGGGGGCGAGGCGGACUGUUCCCAGGUGAUCAACGAAAUCAUGCUCAUGUUCUGGAACGUCGGGAAGUUCAUUGCCGCAGCUGCGACGAAUUGCAUCACUGGGCUGAACGUGGCUGCCGGCUGUGCCCUGGGCAGUCUCAACCUCGUCUCUGCCUUCUCUGCCACCGGCAGCGUGACAUCUGCCCUUGUGAGUGGCGUCUGCACCGACCUUCAAGGUCGCAAGAGGAAUAUCACCGAGCAACGGAUCAACCGAAAGAUCCAGAAGAUCAAGCUCCUCCAAAGCAUCUCCCUGCGGCGACUGCUACGAGAGAAGAAGCUGACCGGCUCGGCGGAAAGGGAAGCCAAGGCCUUGGUAUCCCUGCCCAACCCACGCAGCAACGCCACCAUGCCGGAGCUGCUAAAGUCCAUCGGUUUGCACGCCGAGCCGGCGUCGCAUCCGCGGGAGCUGGUGCUUGCGCAUCUCCGAAGCCUGAAGCCAACCCGCCUCUCGGAUUGGUUUACUCUCAGGCCGUAG